GCCCCUUGCCAGAGGUCUCUCCGUGCGUCCCUGUAGGUGCGCACUUCUGCGCAUGUGUGUUAGUAAGUUUGUACUCGGGCGACCGGCUGGCUCCGUCGGAGGGAGAACCACGUGAUGUAGGAUCUCGAGCCGCAAGAGAUUACUUUAAAAAAAAAAAAAAGGAAAGAAAAAAAGAAAACAGGUAUGUGCACUGUGCCUAUACGUGUGUGCAAAAUCGGGUCUUUUUGUGCGUAUCAGCGUGUCUGCAUGCACGGCCCAUUCUGUGCAAGCCUUCAAGUUCCUUCUAAAGCAUUGCACGUUGCAGGCUCUGGUGUGGGCUAAGCCGCGCAUGUGUGUGUGCGCGCGUGAAGCGUUUCUGCGUGGAGCGGGUCGCAGUUCUCAAGUGCUCCCCCCUUUCUGGGCCGGCUUGGUAUGGUCUGCGAGCCCCUCUGCGCUUCCUCCGCCGGUGGUUGCAUCCACCCGCCUCACCCGGAAGUGCUUGCCCGCCCGCGGGUCAGGCUUAGCGCCGGGCAUGGAGCGGCCUGGCGGUCGGACCAGCUCUGGCGGGGGCCUGCUGCCCGCGGAGUCGGCCCCCACCUCGGUGACCCUGGCACAGCUUCUGCAGCUGGUCCAGGAGGGCCGGGAGCUCCCGGGCCUGGAGAGGCGUCACAUCACGGUGACCUCCGGCGAACCCACGGCGUCCCGGCUCCCGCGGAGGCCCAAGCCCUGGGAAGCCUCGGGGUCGGCGGAGGCCCCCGCGCCGCCGCCGUAGCUCCGGGAAUCCAGGCCCCGUCGACCUCGGGUGCCGGUAGAAGAACGGCCUGGAGGGGCCCGGCUCAUCGGAGUCCGCGACUGUGCCUUCCGGACGGCACGUAGUGGGCCCCUGAGGCUCGAAGUCUUGCCUCUUAAGAUCGGGAGAGCGUGAUUCUGUCCUGCAUAAACUCGGACCUUGGAUGCCGGCCACGGUUAUUCAUCUUUUGUGCAUUCGCCUCGACCAGACUCAGCUGAACUUAAGCCUCCUGGGAGCGUCAUCGGAGCUGUCUUGUAUCCGAGUAUUUCUGGACCAUGAUCCUCAUUAUUUUUUUUAAAUCUGUUUAAGCCCUUAUAGAUAAAUGAAACAGAUAUACUUUUUACUUGGUGGGAUGCAUAGAUGUGUUUUCAUUAUUAAAAUGCUACUGAGGGCACGCUAACGGGGUCUGACCCACCGAAAACAAUUUCGCUAAUAAUGUAGGAGAACGUCCGUGUUUAUCUCCCAGUUCAGCCAAUUCUUGUGGGUUGUGUAAAUGAACUUGGGAUUCAAGAGGUGUUAAUCUUAGCCAUUCGCCAGGUCAGCAGCUAAUAAAAGGUUUGAU